AUGGCUCGAUUCAGCACAAUAAGCAUGUCACUAUUGAUAUGUAUAAUUUUGUACAUCACUAAUGCUGAUCUUGGAGUUCAUAGUGUAAAAGGAUAUCCACCUCUAUGGGAUAGCGCUCCAGAGAACCUAGAAGAUUUUACAUCUCAUGAUGGCAGCAUUUUCAUCAAUCCCUGGAACUAUUUAGAAAGACAUGGAAUGUAUAAGAUUUUAUUAAAUGUCACUGCGCAACAUCUAGAUAUGAAUGACCCGGAAAACAAAAGAAAUAUACUUUGGGGUUUGCCAAUACAGCAUGGUUGGCAAUACCGUUCAGGUAGGUUAGCUGACACACAGAACCAGGACAAGACCUAUGUGUCACCAAGAAGCUGGUGGGCAUGUAUGAAUUAUUAUUUGUCUGCCAUUCCGUUUCUUGGGGCAGUGGAUGCUGGUUUAUUUGAUGUUCGGUUUCCUAUUCAACUAAGUGAACCUAAAGAAUAUCAGUCUGAUUUUUGUUACAACAUUCCUGACUGCUAUAGAUCUGUUCCUAAACCAAUGGAGGGAUGGAAAGCCUUCUUUGAGUUUAUAAAGACCCCUUUAGAUGUUCCUAAAGAGAAAGCCGAAAGUGAGUUCUUGACACGCAUGUGGGAGGCUCACACUCAGUCAAUUAGAUCUGCACUUCUGCCAUGCUCUACAAGGUUAAGUUUCAUGUCAACGAAGGAAAGUAGCUUUGGAGUAGAUUGGGCUGCUGCUGUUGAAUUUUUAGCAGCAACAAACUUUCUCACUGACUUCAACAGUACUAACAAUUUUCAUUAUUUUUUACCACCCCGAAUACUUACCGAACUAGAUAUCGCCCCAUUGAUUCUUGACUUCACUACAGAACAAAACAGAGUGGUGUUUAUGUUACAUUGGCUCAAUAAAUUUAACCAGCUUUCGGGUGGACAUUUUUUGCAACUAUGGAAAAAAGCAAUGUGCUCGGAAGAAGGGAAAGCUGCAGGUCGAGAUCUUAUUCAAAAUAUGAUUACCAAUCCAGCAUACACACCACUAAAUAUUGUUAACAUUAUUACAGCGUUAGCCAAUAACAGUACAUGUGAGCCAUAGAAGAAGAAAAUAACGGUGAUAAUGAAAAUAUUAUACUUAACAAUCUUAUUGUGCAGAUGCCUGGUUGACACUUUCUUAAUAAGGCACUGCUGUUACACCUAAUUUUCCAAUUAAUAACUCUUGUUUAGCUCAUUCCCUUCUCAUUAAGUAAUGUCUUACUGACAAUAUAAAUGAGGACUUUGUUAAUUACUCUUUAAAGUUAAUGGAAGUAGAAGACAUUGAUCCAAAGCCAAACUUUAACUGGACUGAAACUGCCCUUACGCUUAUAUUCUGCAGAAAACCCUGGCAUGAAAUAAGGUUGUAAUCUGAAUGUACUAGCUAGUGUUGGACAAAUGUUUUGCGGUAAUCACAGGAUGGUGUCUUCUCUGAGUUCAUUAAGUGACUGGUGUUAAAAACAAAUAGAAUCAAAUUGCAUUUUAAUUAGAUCCCAGCUCACUGAACUGUGAUGACGUCUAUUAAAAGCAGUGAUUACGUCUAUUAAAACACAA